UGAGGAUUACCAUUUCCCAUAGACAUCUUCUGGAAGUGAGUGUGCGAAUGCUUACGUUGGCUACGCUGCUCGACUAAAAUGCCGACACCUUUGCGUAGAGAUGAGGAAUUAUCUGAAGAUCAAGAUGUCACAAUUGAUGAUGACGACGAUGAAUCUUUAGCUGGCACAGAAGAAGAUGAGCUUGAUGAUGGUGAUGACGAUAACACUUUGCCUGAAGAUCCAGAUGACCAAGAAAAUGAUGAAGAUGUAGCCUCCAAUCAAAAUAUUGAAGAUGAAAACUCAAACGGCAUUGAUGAUAAUGAAGUGCCAGCUGCAGAUGAAGAAGAAGAUGAUGAGGAUGACGUGGAGGAAGCUGAAACACCUCCUAAACCUAAAAAAGAGAAAGGCAAAAAACGAAAGGCCAGAACUGAAAGUGAAAGGAAAAAGGGGAAGAAGAAGAAAAAGAAAAAAGCAGUGUCUGAUAGUGGAGAAGAUAGUGAAAGCAAAUCAGGAGGUAAUGCUUCCGACAAUGACAGUGACUUUGUUGCUGAAAGUAGGAAACCUAAAAAACCCAAAGUUGAAAAGGAAUUUCAAGCUCAAAAAAGCUCAUCUGAAAUCUGCACAGAGUUUGGUUUAGAGGAUGUUGUUUUAGAUUAUACAGAUGAAGAUUAUCAAACAUUAACAAAUUAUAAACUUUUUUCUCAACACAUAAGGCCUAUCAUAGCCAAAGCUAAUCCUAAAAUUGCCAUAUCAAAAAUGGUCACUCUCAUAUCUGCAAAAUGGCGCGAGUUCCUAGAAAACAAUCCAAAUCGUGAAGCUAUCCUAGAUGAAGAAGACAGAGUUGUUCCACCAAAGCCAAAACCCAAAGAAGAGUUUGAAAAAACUUACCCAAAACCUAAGAAAUCCAAAAGCCGAAAGUCUGUACCUAUGUUGAAAAUAAAAAUUGGUGGAUUUGGAAAGAGGAAAAAGCACAGUUCUGAUGAAGAUGAGAGCUAUAGUGAUAAGAGUGAUGCAGAUUUUGAAGCUGCUUUGGAAGAAGCUCAAAAUAUGAGCCCACCUCCUGCUAAGAAAAAAAGCAAAACAAAGAAAACAAAAAAGAAGAAAAAAACUAAAACUACCGCUAGCUUUCCUGGUUCUGAAGGUGAAAAUGAUGGCUAUGAAACCGAUCAUCAAGACUAUUGUGAAGUUUGUCAACAAGGUGGAGAAAUUAUUUUGUGUGACACAUGUCCUAGAGCUUAUCAUUUGGUAUGUUUAGAUCCUGAUUUGGAAGAACCGCCUGAAGGAAAAUGGAGCUGUCCACAUUGUGAAGGGGAAGGUAUACAAGAACAAGAAGAAGAUGAGCAUAUGGAAUUCUGUCGCGUAUGUAAAGAUGGUGGAGAGCUGCUAUGUUGUGAUAGUUGUCCAUCUGCUUAUCAUACACAUUGCCUUAAUCCCCCCUUAAAAAAUGUACCUGAUGGCGAUUGGCAUUGUCCAAGAUGCGCGGAAGGGGCUGUAGCGAAAGAAGUACCUAUCAAAAAGAAAUUAGAAGAUGAAUUUAAGGCUGAACCAUUAAAAGGCAAAGUAUCCAAAAUUCUUACUUGGAGAUGGGCAGAAGUACUCAAGGUAGACGAUGAGAAAAAAGAGGGUGAAGAGAAUAAAGAAGAUGUCACAGCCCAGCCUUCAACAAGCAAAAAAGUGCAACCAAAACCGCAACGAGAAUUUUUCGUUAAAUGGCAUGAGCUGUCUUACUGGCAUUGUUCUUGGAUAACAGAAGCUCAACUGGAUUACUACCAUCCUGCUAUGUUUCGCUGCUUUUGUCGUAAAAAUGACAUGGAUGAGCCUCCUGCUUUAGAUGAUGGGAGCAGUGGUUUAGAUGCUGAGAAGAAACAAACCAGGCACCCACGUGAUAACUUGAUGAAUUUGGAAGAGAGGUUUUACCGUUACGGAAUUCGCCCCGAAUGGCUGCAAGUGCAGAAAAUCAUUAAUCAUAGGACUGGUAAAGACGGUAAAGUUCGCUAUCUAGUGAAAUGGCGUGAUCUUCCUUAUGAUCAAUCCACAUGGGAAGAUGGUGAGAUCACAGACGGUUUUGACAUUCCAGACUUCCAGAAAGCUGUCAACUAUUAUUGGGACCUCAGAAAUGCUGUUGAAAAUGCUAACAAAAAGUCAAGCAAAGGUAGAAGCAGCAAAGGCAAAAAAUCUCGUGACCCAAGGGAAGAGGGCAGUCGCAUGACACCACCCCCUGAUAAGCCAACAGUUGAUGAGGAAAUAAUUAAGACUCAGCCCAAGAAGAAAUAUGACCGUCAGCCUCCAUAUGUGGAUGCUACUGGUAAUGAACUGCAUCCAUACCAAUUAGAGGGUGUCAACUGGCUCCGCUUCUCCUGGGCUCACGGGACUGACACAAUCCUUGCUGAUGAAAUGGGUCUGGGCAAGACAAUUCAGACCAUUGUGUUUUUAUAUUCUUUAUACAAAGAGGGUCACUGUAGGGGGCCAUUUUUAGUUAGUGCUCCUUUAUCGACUAUCAUCAAUUGGGAGCGAGAGUUUGAAACAUGGGCUCCUGACUUUUAUGUUGUUACAUAUAUAGGUGAUAAAGACAGUCGUGCUGUCAUUAGAGAACACGAGUUUUCAUUUGAAGAAGGAGCGGUUCGAGGCAGCAAAUUCGGCAAGACUUGCAGAAUAAAAAAAGAUGUUCCUAUCAAGUUCCAUGUCCUUUUAACGUCCUAUGAAUUGGUGUGCAUAGAUACCACAAUGUUAGGCUCUAUAGAGUGGCAAGUGCUUGUUGUUGAUGAAGCUCAUCGUUUAAAGAAUAAUCAAUCAAAAUUUUUUAAAAUCCUAAAUGCUUACAAAAUAAAUUACAAGUUGCUCUUAACUGGAACUCCACUGCAAAAUAAUCUAGAAGAGCUGUUCCAUUUGUUGAACUUUUUGAAUUCCAAUCGUUUCAAUGAUUUACAAGGUUUCCUAAAUGAGUUUGCUGAUUUAGCAAAAGAAGAACAAGUAAAAAAAUUGCAUGAUUUACUUGGUAGUCAUCUCUUGAGGAGGUUGAAAGCAGAUGUAUUAAAGAACAUCCCUGCAAAAAGUGAAUUCAUUGUUCGUGUGGAUUUGGCUGCAAUGCAGAAGAAAUACUACAAGUUUAUAUUGACUCGUAAUUUUGAAGCAUUGAAUGCUAAAGGUGGUGGCCAUCAAGUUUCCCUAUUGAAUAUUAUGAUGGAUUUGAAAAAAUGUUGCAAUCAUCCUUAUUUGUUUCCAGCUGCUGCUCAGGAAGCUCCAAAAUUAUCUAAUGGAGCUUACGAAGGUUCAAAUUUAAUCAAAGCUUGCGGGAAACUGUUGUUGUUGCAAAAGAUGUUGAGAAAGCUUAAUGACGAAGGUCAUAGAGUUUUAAUAUUUUCACAGAUGACAAAAAUGUUAGAUAUUUUAGAAGACUUCCUUGAAGCUGAGCAUUAUAAAUAUGAAAGGAUAGAUGGUGGUAUUACAGGAAGUCAAAGACAAGAAGCAAUUGAUCGAUUUAAUGCUCCUGGUGCUCCACAAUUUGCCUUUUUACUGUCAACUAGAGCUGGUGGUUUAGGAAUCAAUUUAGCAACUGCAGAUACAGUCGUUAUCUAUGAUUCAGAUUGGAAUCCGCACAAUGAUAUUCAGGCAUUCAGCCGUGCACAUAGGAUAGGACAGUCUAAUAAAGUGAUGAUCUAUCGUUUUGUUACAAGAGCUUCUGUUGAGGAAAGAAUCACACAAGUGGCUAAAAAGAAAAUGAUGUUGACUCAUUUAGUUGUCAGGCCUGGUUUAGGAAGCAGAUCAAACACUAUGUCCAAACAAGAAUUAGAUGAUAUAUUGCGUUUUGGAACAGAACAAUUAUUUAAGGAUGACGAAGGGAAAGAAGAUACUAUACAUUACGAUUCAAAAGCUAUUGAUGAGCUGCUGGAUCGGACACAAGAAGGUAUUGAACAAAAAGAACUUUGGGCAAAUGACUAUUUGAGUUCCUUUAAAGUUGCUGCUUAUGUUACUAAAGAAGUUGAAGAGGAACCUGAAACCGAAAUUUUAAAACAAGAAGUUGAAUCUGCUGAUCCAGCAUAUUGGGAGAAAUUGCUUCGCCAUCAUUAUGAGCAACAGCAAGAAGACAUGGCAAGAACACUAGGAAAAGGAAAAAGAGUUCGUAAACAGGUCAACUACAAUGAUGCUAUGGGUCCACAAGAUGAUUCCACUUGGCAAGAUAAUCUGUCUGACUACAAUUCUGACUUCUCUGUUCCAUCUGAUGACAAUGAAGAUGACGAUGACUUCGAAGAGAAAAAUGAAGAGAAAGGCAUACGAGGACGCAAAGGUAGAUUGGGUCAAAAUGAGAGAGAUAAGCCAUUGCCACCUCUAUUGGCAAGAGUUGGUGGAAAUAUUGAAGUACUCGGAUUCAAUGCCAGACAGAGGAAAGCUUUCUUAAAUGCAAUUAUGCGCUAUGGCAUGCCACCCCAAGAUGCAUUUAAUUCACAAUGGUUGGUGCGUGAUUUGAGAGGCAAGUCUGAAAAGAACUUCAAGGCCUACGUUUCUCUGUUCAUGCGCCACCUUUGUGAACCUGGUGCUGACAAUUCGGAGACAUUUGCCGAUGGCGUGCCCAGGGAAGGGCUUUCGAGACAGCAUGUGUUGACAAGGAUUGGAGUCAUGUCCUUAAUCAGGAAAAAGGUUCAGGAGUUUGAGCACAUCAACGGCCUCUACAGCAUCCCGCCCGGGGAGCUGCCUCCGAACAAGGUCCCGGAGCAGGCGGCUCCGGCGCCGGCCAAUGGCGGGACGCCGAGCGACAGCAAGGAAUCGACGCCGGCUCCGACCCCUGCUUCCACGCCUGCCCCCUCACUCCCGCCCGACGAAAACAAGGAAGGGGAACCGCCAGACUCCACCAAGGAGAAGGACUCUGCCGAGGAAACCAAAGAAAAAACUGAAGAAAAGGAGAAAGAAAAGAAAACCGAAGAAAAGAUAGAGGAAAAGAAACCGGAAGAAAAAAAAGAGAAAACUAAUGACAAAGAAGUGAUAGAGGUGGAUUCUACUGUGAUCAAAAAAGAAGAAAAACCAGAAGUUUUUGAAGAUGAAGACAAAGAUGCAGAUAAAGAAAACAAAGGAAAAUCUAAUGAAAACAAAGAAAAAACUAAUGAUAAUAAGGCUGAAGUCAUUGAAAUUAAAGAUGAUGAGAAGCCUACGAAAGACUCUGAUAUCAAGGAGGAACCUACAGAGUCGAAGGGGAAGAGAAAAUUUAUGUUCAAUAUUGCUGACGGAGGAUUUACCGAGCUUCAUACGUUAUGGCAAAAUGAGGAACGUGCGGCUGUACCUGGGCGCGAAUAUGAAAUCUGGCAUAGGCGCCACGAUUAUUGGCUCUUAGCUGGAAUUGUGAAACAUGGUUAUGGUAGAUGGCAAGACAUACAGAAUGAUUUUGCUUUUAGUAUUAUUAAUGAACCUUUUAAGAUGGAUGUAGGUAAAGGAAAUUUCCUAGAAAUUAAAAAUAAAUUCCUUGCUAGGAGGUUCAAGCUUCUGGAGCAAGCAUUAGUUAUUGAAGAACAAUUAAGACGGGCUGCAUAUCUUAAUCUCACUCAAGAUCCCAAUCAUCCUGCUAUGGCUCUUAAUGCUAGGUUUGCUGAGUUAGAAUGCCUAGCUGAAUCUCAUCAACAUUUGUCUAAAGAAUCAUUAGCUGGUAACAAACCUGCAAAUGCAGUUUUACAUAAAGUGCUCAAUCAGCUGGAAGAGCUGCUCAGCGACAUGAAGUCGGACGUGAGCCGCCUUCCCGCGACCCUGGCCCGCAUUCCGCCGGUGGCCCAGAGGCUCCAGAUGUCGGAGAGGGGCAUCCUCUCUCGCCUGACCGGGCAGCCCCAGCCCCAGCCGGGCCCCAACUCCCAGGGCCAGAGCCCUGCAUUUGCCAGCACACAGCAACAGCAGCCCCAACAGCAGCCAGAUACCGAGAACCAGGACUUUGUUCGCACGUGGAAUGAACCGUCAUCGACGCUGACGUCCUCUCUUCUCUUCUCUUCCCUCGCUGCAGGUGGUUAUCCGGGUGGCGGCGCCACGCCCCAGCAGCUAUUCCAGGGCUCCGGGGCCGGAUAUCCGGGCUACGGCCAGAGGAACCAAUUCAACAUGGCCCAGUCCCUGCUCUCACAGACGCUUACCCAACCAGAUUCCCCGUUUUCCACAGGCAGUCAACCACUCGGACAACACACAAUGCCUAUGCAGGCUAACUCAGUCUCAAAAGUCUGACCGGAGUAAUCUGUGCCCUUUCGCUUGAUCUGAACUAGUGGACUUCCUGCAUCCUUUGAAGAAUGGCAUGUGCUUUGUGAAGAACAUCCGACGGGGUGGGGUUCGCGAUACCGGAGGAGGGGCAGACAGCUGGAAAGGAGAGAAACGAAAGAACAAAAAAUCAGUGGCACAAAUUAGGAACAAUUCAACAGCCCUAUUGGACGUCGACCAACUUCUGAAACAUCGCAAUUUAUUUUUGAAAGCAACUGCUGAAAAUUUUUGAACAAAAGACAAUUCUGCUGACAGUUUUUGGUAUUGCUGGUGUGAAAGAUUUUCCUCUUCAUGCUUUCAGUAGGUAUUAUUACUAGGUACAGAAACGCGGCUAUACCGCGGACAAGUGAGGAAGAGCUAAAUUAACUAAAACAUCAUACUUCAGAAUCUUAACCCUGCUUUUGUUGUUAUUUUAAAGGCAUUUUUGGACUGUGACAAUGCCCUGGAAUCUUAAGCACGAAAUUUUUUCCACAUAAGGAAAAUAAUUGCGAUGGAAUUUGUUCUUUUAAAAGAAAAUGAGUCAUUCCCGACAGCUUUAGAACCUCUAACCGUCCUAUGCCCCAUCCCCGUCACAACGAACAAAUCGAACCACAGACAUGUUAUGGAGCUUCUUAGUUCCAAUUCCAAGAAAGUGGAAGACACCCUGACAGCAUCCACUUGACAAGCGCUGUUGGGGCUCCAGUGCGAGAUCGGCUUCUUGAGGAAACAGCAAGUCCCAGAUCUUUCUUGAAAACGGAGAGAUCGCCAACCAAAAAUAAAAUAAAAACAUUCCAAAAUGCUUCGUUCCCCCCAACCCGCGGUCCUGGACUUGAGAGGAGAAGUGAAGAGGACCUUUGCACCGGAAAGACGAAAUAGUUCCUGUCUCUUUUGUCUACUUGUAAUAAUAAAAGGAACUCACUCGACAUGUAUUUAUUUUUGUUUUUCACUGCCAAGUUCUUUCUUUUCAUGUCUUUAAUGUCUGGCAGAUGUGCUCUACAUAUUUAAGCAAAAAUUUAUGUGUGCCUCUUACUGCGUGCUUAUGAUUUUGACACCAUCAUCAAAAUUGCUUGCUUUUAAAAAUGUAUAAAGAAACCCAAAUGUAAUAUCUACAAAACCACUAAAACAAAGACCUGCUAAUGUACUUAACUGUAAUUUUUGGAAUUACAAAAUAAUUUUUGCCAAUUUUCAACGGUGCUACAUUACUAGGAACAAAUGUUUGCUCAAUACAAUUAUAUUCAUUUCAAAUUUAUACUUCAAAAAAUAUUUUUUCCCACCACUGUGGAAAGAUGUCAUUUAUUUUAAGAACUCAGAAGCAUGGAACAAACUGGAAUGCUUUUUAUCCCACCUUAUUUCAACAAUGAUGUAAUCAUUUUUCAGAUAAAUUUUAAUUAAUUUAUAUUCAAGGUCAAAAAUAUUUUUUUUCUUUAAUUUUUAAAAAAGCGAGUAACAUUGAAUUCAUACUAAAAAUAUUCCAUUAAAAAAAUGGAUUGAUAUUUAUAUUUGCCAAUUUCUGAAAAAAUCAGAAUUGUUUAUUUAUUGUUUAAAAUGUGUGUACAUUAUAGGAAAAUGAAUCAACUUUUUUAUUUCUCUUAAAUGACUACUUAAAAAGAGAAUGGGAUUUGUAGAGUGCUCAAAAACUUUUAUAUUAAGUGGCUCAAUAUUAUUACGUCUUAUGAAAAUGAAAAAAAAAAAAAAGCUACCAUUGUUGUCAAAGUUAUUCCAGUGCUGUCAUUUGCUCUACUUAAAAAGGCUACUGCUAAAAAAAAACCUAAUUUUGAUUGUUCACAUGUUAGGUGCUAUUCUCUCAUUGAAAAGUACUUUUUGUACAGUUAUUUGAAGAUAGAUAUGAUUGGAGCAUUUCACGCAUUACAGAUCACACAUUAUCCAUCGAACUCAAAGUUUUCAUUUCUUUUAGCUAUGCAGGUAUCUUCACAUCAAAAACAUGAAACCCAGUUAUAAUUUUAUGUUUCCCUUACAGUUACUUAUUACUUUUCAUUUACAUAAUUUGGAUAGAAUUCUUUAAAAAGUAUACGCCUAGUACAAGGUCUUUCUCUUAAAGGAAAUUUUUUCAGUCAGCUUUGUGCACAGUAGGUUUUUAUAUUUACAUCCAACAAGUUUAUUACACUUCAGUUAGUUUUAUUUAGAAAUGUAUUUCUUGUGUACAGUUUUGAGUAAAGAUUCAAAGAAAAAAAAGGGGCGAGGAGGAAUCUAAAAGAAAGCCAAAAAAAAAAAAAAAAAAAAAAAAAACUGAGGAGGAGAAAUUUAAAGACAUCAAUAAUUCAUUUAGUAUUGAAAUAUACUUGAACUGCAUGAUUAUGAACAUCAUGCAGUUCAAGUGUCACCAUGUUUUUUUCCCCUAAAAAAAACAGAAGUCUUUUGUUGUCUUGAACAAUGAACUCAACCAUUGGCUAAAUAAGACCCUAACCAUUUGAUGACACAUUCUCAUUAUUCAUGACAAACAAGAAUGCAGUUCAGCUUUAUAUAACUGUAAAUGGCACACUGAUUAAGAAAUUGAUCACUCGUCUAUUUCCAUGACUAAAUUGUUCUCUUCUUAUGGUAAUUUUCCCCCUAUAUCUAUACCGUUAUGAAUCAUAAAGUUUUCUAGCUAUGUCAUAAUUGAUCGUCACACUUAGCUAAUUAGUGCAGAAAUCAGUUCGGAAGAAAAUAGUAGCAAAGUUGGGAAUACAAUGUUCUAUAUUUUCCAAGCGAACAAAAUCAUCAAAAUAAAAUGGCUGUUACAGGAUUUACUGUAAGAGGCAGGCAUAAAUAUUUUCCUUUUAUUUUAAGAAGGAUAAAACAUGUUUCAGAAAGUGGCAUAGGUGUAAUAUACAGCUGCAAAGGUCUAUUUUAGUCUUUUCAAUUAAUUUUUUUUUCUUAUUGUUUUCCUAUAAGAAUGAAAUUUAGUCCCUUUUCUUCCAAUUAAAACAUUUCUAAUUGCUCUGUAAGAAUAAGCUUUAUAAUAAUGACAAAAAAAAAAAACGUAGGUUUUUUUGCUGGACAUAUGCUCAACAUAUCACAUUUCUUUUUCUGCUGAAUUACGUAUAUAUUCAAAAGAUUGAAUUUGAUUUGUAACAGACCAACAGAUCCUGAUAGUUUAUGUUGAUCAAGCUUUUGUUCAUAAAAUACUUUCUGUACUUGAAAAUGAGAAUAUUUUAGAAAAAUCAUUAUUUGUUAGAGACAAAAAAUUUCAUAAAACUAACCAUAAUGUCAUAGAAUUUUUCAUAACUUGUAUCCAUUCAAGUAAAUAUAUGAUAAAUAAGUAUUUUUAAAUAAUAGUUUUUUCUGCAUAUUUCAAAUGUGAAUGAACAAUAAAAGGAAAUAAAAUAACCUUUUUCAAUACAAAUAUUUUGCUGUGAAUAAUCAAGUCUACAAAGUUAUUUUUUCAGAUAUAACAGGAAACAGUUUUAUAAUUGCUUAAACACUUAUCGUUUUUAAUUUAUUUUUUAAAGCAUUUUUAUACAGUCUCAUAUGACUAUAAAGCAAAAGUCUAUACCUGUAUGAUAGAAUAUUAUUUUUUCUUUAAAAAGUUAAUAAUAAUCAGUUAUUGAAAGCUCACACAACAGCAAUUACAAUUGCUUCUAAAAAGGAUUUCAGUUAUAUUUACAUGGAUCCAUGAAAGGUGAAACAAUGGGAUGAAAACAUAAAAAUAUUUGUAUUGUAAAAUGAAUGAAAUAGGAUUUACAUUUUUGCAAUAUUUGCACAAACCAAGUAGUUUUCUUAGAGCUGAAAAUGUCUUUAGAGGUAUCAUAUUUUUCAUCUUAGGAAGAAAGAUAGUGCCUAGGUUAAUUUAAAGAUUUUAAGUUAAAACACUAUAAAAACCUAAAAAUUCAAAAAAAAAAUUUAAAAACUCUCACGUUGGAUCUUUUUAAUUAUAGUUCUCCUAGAACACCUAGAAUAGGGGCCUUAAGUUAACCUAAAAAGGAUCAUAUGAUAUAAAUUAAGAAUUGGGAAUAAAAUAAUAAGUAUUUGAAUACUAAUAAUUCCGAAUAUAAUCACUAAGAUUUUCUACAAACUACAAUUUCAAAAUAAAAUUAGAAUUAUAAUUAAAUUGCUUUCUUUGAGUAAUGCUAAUUAAAUGUAAGAACAGAAGAACAAAGUAGGGUUUUCUGACUGGUAAAUGAAUGCUUAAUUUCAACAGAGUUUCACUGUCAAAAAUUCGACCGCUAAGAACUAGAAGUUAGUGUAUACGUGACAGAAAAAACAUUUUUGUUGAUACAUGUAAGUAUUUCAAAGACAUUGGGAGCACUUUUAAAGCUCUGCUUCAUGUUUUUGGGGGGAAGAGGGGGGGGGGGGGAUAGAUAAAAAGUGGUGAAUCAAACUAGUAAAGGGUCACGUCUGACUUCCAAAGAAACAUGGAAUUUUUUAGUCUAUAGAAAUACAGGAUUUUUCGUUUUAAACCAAAAUUUCAUUGAGGCUUCUUCAUACUCUGUUGAUAUUUUGCACUCUUUUUUUUUUAAUUUUACACACUAUUUAUUAUGUUCUUUUUCUUUCAGAGCUUUCUGUGGUUUUCUCCUUUAUCUUUACAAAAUUGUUUUCCUUAAUGGAUUAUUUUUCUUUCCUUUCCAUUUCUUUAAAAAAAAUUGGUAGAAGGAAAUCACUUUUGCCAAUUACAUAAGAAAAAAGCUUUAUAUUUAAAAAAAAUACCCCAGCUUUUUCACAGCUUUGAGGUGAAAACCAGCAAUCACAAUGAAAACCUGAAGCUUAAAAAAUAUUUUAAACAGCAAAACACGUGUGAGUGAUAUAUUUUUCAAUUUGAAUGUUGCAACAAACACUUUCUCACAUUUAGUAAAAAAUAAAACUAUUAGUUGAAUCAAGUUUGAAAAAUGUUUUGAGCCCUUUUCAAAGAGUUUAAAUUUUAAGCAGAUAACUUAUACUUUGCAUGGUUAUAAAAGAAACAUCUUAUGCCACUUCUGAUUUACUUUUUAUCUUCCUUAAGAAGAUGCUUUUAUCUUCAAACCUGAAAGCAUCAAUGUAACUUCAUAUUCAUCUCAAAAGAUUGUAUCUUUAUGAUUAAAUCAGUGAAAAAGAAACUGAAUGCAAAAUAAAAUUUCAAAUUUUUAA